AUGCAGAUGUGCGGAGGGAGGGGGGUGGGGGGUGGGACGAGGCGUGGAAAGCUGCCCUCCCUCCAGCUCCCGCAGCGCCGGGAACAAUGGCCACGGGCUCCGUGGGGACAAUGCCCGGCGGAGCCUAGCUGCUUGGGUUGCAGGACACGUCCACCACCGCCUCGGCCACCCCGGGACCCGGCCCCCCGCUCCCCGGGGACAGUCACCCCCCGCUUCCCCGGGGACAGACACCCCCCGCUCCCCCGGGGCUGUGGGAAAACGCGUGGCCGGGGUUGGGAGGGGGAGCACCAAACUUGGGGAAAAGUCCUCGUCUCCUGCUCCACCCCGGGGGCCGUCACCGUGCCCUCCCGCCUUUGGGGACACCCCCCCCCCCCUCACACCCCAGGGAGCCCGUCGGUUCCCUCUUGCCCAUCCCGCCUCUUGCCACAAACUCCACCGGGUGCUCCCGCCCGGGGCUCAACAGGUCGGUACCGGCCAGUCCGCAGGUGGGUUCGGCCGAGCGGCGCCACGGGGGACCGGCACACCGGGAAAGGCGGAGAGAAGAGAUCCCCACGUUGCUUUGAUCACCGUGGUCCAGCAGCAUCCACCACCGGGGACGGGGAUGAAGCAAAGUGGCUGGAGCAAAAGGGAGCACCCAAGCCAGCAUGGUCAGAGCCCCGGGCCGAUCACCCACCCUGCAACACCCUCGCCCUGGAAAUCACAGGAUGGAGGAGCCCCGUGGGGCACCGUGGACUGGGCUUUCUCACCUGGGGGAGCCGCUGGGCUGGGAGACGGCUGCUCCUGGCACGGGUUUGCAGCUGCAAAGGUGUACGUGGCCGUCGGGGACGGGCUGGUUUGGUCACAUCCCUCCAUGGCAAGGGCAGCGCCUGCGGACCCAGGCAAGGGACCUCAGCUUCGCUCCCCCAGGGAUGCUUGAGACCCCUCGCCUCUCCUGGAUGGGGCUGGGAACAAGGGCGGUGGCAGGAGGUGACACUCCAGAUUCCUCUCCAGCCGCCGGCGCUCGAGGGCCAGUGUCACGCAACGUUUCCCUGAACGAGCCCUGGGGAAGGGGACUGGGAAGAAGCCGCGUGCGCACGAGGCCGACGGGAGAUGCUCUGCGGCACAGCGAGGACCAGCCCCGGCUCUGCAGGCACGGCUCGGCACGAUGCUCCUUCCAACCCGCAUCUGGAGAAGGAGGAAAAUAAAUUGGUUUCCUCUUUUCAAUAAGCUGGAAGCUGCUCUGGCUCAGGCCAGGUCGGGGUGUGGUGCUGGGGGGAUGCUUGUGUUUUCCUGGGGUGCCCCAGUGCAAUGGGGACGAGGGGACCGAGGUUGAUGAAUCGGCAAUAAGGGAGCUCGGCAUGCAUGGAAAUCACGGCUCUGCUUUCCCCAGCAUCCCUCCUCCUCCUCUUCCUCUCUGCCAUGCAGUGUUUGGGGGUCAGGAUGGGCCAUCCCCCCUCCUGCCCCAGCCCUAGGGAAAACCCUGCCUGAAGCACAGCGGUACCUGCAGCUCUGGGGUUAAACAGCCCAAAAGGAAGAUUUUUCCAUGCAGGGAGGUUUGUGGACAUACCCGGCAUCCCGGCACUUUUCUGCCCGUUACCUCCCAGCUCAAUUAACAAAGGAAGCAUCAAAUUAACACAGAAGCACCCGUCAGCACUGGAGGAUUGCUCUGCUUGGCACCAGGAUCAGCUGGGGACUGGUUUGCUCCAAACUAAAGGAUUUAUCAGAAGAUGGUGGCAAAACUGUGAGAAGACCAGUUUGGUUCAUUUAUCCUGGGGCAUCUCCCAAAGUCCAGUGAAACAGGCCCAAAAUCCAGUUUCUGCAGGAUGGGGCAGCACGUGCCUUUGGGGAUGGCACACGGGAGCAACUCCGCAUCGCGGGGAAGAGCUGUCAGUGUCAGUCCCCAGGUGUCCAGCGAGUCAUUUGAGGGAUUUACUGGAUCCGUCCUGGGCUGGUUUUCCCCACCAAGAAGCAGGGAAGGACCCAAGCCUUGGCAGUUCCCUGUCAUAUUGUCAGGGUCUCACUCUUAUCCCUGUGGGGACAGUGGAGGCAACAUCCGACUCAGUUGACCAAUUUCUGUGCAGCUGGAGCAUCUGGGAAUAACCAAACCAGCCCACAUUGGCCCCAUUUCCUACCCACAGAGAUCCACUGCUUCGGUCCUGUUUUCGGUAGAGUUUGGAAUAACUCUGCAGGAACUUGGAUUCAUGCCUGGUCCCUUCCUGCCCUGAAUCACCCAUCAAGAAGUUACCUUUUAUCAGGAUUUUCCAAAUCCCAUCAAAGCGGGGUGAUCUCUGUGCCCUGCACCUUCACCAAGCCUCCUCUUUCUUCCCCAAAUGUUAGGGGGGGAGGAAAUAGGCUCAGGGCAGACCCCAAAUCCCCCUACACCCGGUGGUACGGGGGCUGCACCCAUCUGCAGCAUCUCUGGCAGAAGGAUCUUAAAAAUAGUCUUUGCUGGAGCUUUGGAAAGGAGCUUUCAGUUGUUUUAAUUGAUGGAGGAAUUGGGCAGUGAGCAGAGACGCAGCAAAAUAAAUCAACAGUGUGUUUUUACCCCCUUUUCCACCCCUCAAACCUCCUCUGGGAGCAGAGCGGCUUUGCAAGGCUUGGGAAAAGCGAGAAAAUUCCCCCCACCUGUUUGCUUUUAAACAGAUUUUGUUUAAGAAAAAAAGAAAAAGGAAAAAAAAAAAAAACCUCAAGGGUUGUGAACAGUACCCAAAACCAAGCCGGGACACGUUAUUCACGCACACAUGCUAUCCGAGAGGCAGGAUCCACCACUCCACACCCCGCGGGGCUAAAGAGCAGCAACUCGCCGGACUAUAAAUUCCCAGAUUCCCUGGAUCUCACCAGCCCGGCUCUUAUUGAGAUGCAGGGAGCAGGGGAGAAGGUGACCGCCGACUCCAUAAAUAUUAUUGGGGGCGACGGGGCUGCGCGGGGCCGGCGGGCGCAGACAAAGCGCCCAUUGAGCUGUCGGCGGAGGCGCGACGGCCCAGCUGCCGCGGGGAGCGGGACGGGGGUCAAGGUCAGAGGUGGGCCCUGCCUGUAUUAUUCCACACACACACACACACACACACACACACACCCCCCACCCACUCCCCAAGCUCUUUUCCUCAUGCCCAUAAAAUUAGUGAAGUUAACCCGGUAUCGCCGGCUCAGCGUGCCCACGGGGGGAUGCCAGGAGAAGCGGGUUGCUGAUGGCAGCAGCCACUUUGGUCGUGCAGGAGGGGAAACUGAGGCACAGUGCAAAAGCCCAGCAUCGCACCCACUCUGAAGGGGCAGCGCUGGCGGCUUUAUCCCCUGGGGAUCCUUUUUGUGAGCCUGUUUAAUAACCUAUAAGCUUAAAGGCUGGCAGAUCGGACAUCCCCAGCUCUGCUGGAGCAACCCCAGGACCAUGCCAGCGUGGGCAGGAAGCCCGUGCCCACCCCAAAUCACCCAGCACCCUGCCCCAUGCCCAGUUCUCCCCGUGCCAGGGGGUUUUUGUAUAUGGCUGGAGAACUGGAGCUUUCAGCCUGGGAUCUGCAGCAAGGGCAGCCCCCGACAACCCCAUCCACCCCCAGGACUGGAGGUUCAAUCCUGCUGCCACAUAAACUUAGAUUUUUAGAAUAUUUUACUCCCUAUUAAGCAAUCCCUUAGCAACGCUUGUUUCCAUGGCAAAGAGCAGAGAACCUCCACGCCGAUGUUGAGCUUUGCCUUAAACUAGAACUCAGUUCAUUUUAUUUGGGUCCUGCCCCAUGGGCCAGGUCCCCAGCACCCAUGGGGGGGCUGCCCACCCUGGGAUGGACCAUGGGUGCCUGUUCUGGGUUUCAGGCCAGGAUGGGGUCACAAAGCAAGGACAGUUUACCUGGGAAAGGAGGUGGGCUGCACGCAAAGCUGCUUCUUGCAAAAAAAGAAGGGGGUUAGAGAACACUGUACACCCCCAAAAAAGUUGAUUUCCAUCCCCUGCAAGCCCAGCUCUGGAGCUCCCGGGGUUUAAAAGCUGAGCCGUGCCCAGCUGCGGGGCAGCCCCGGCUUCUGAAAUUACACUAAUGAGCCCAGCAGCCAGUGAGGUUGCGGGCUUUGCUUGCUUCCCUGCACCUCCAAGACUUAACGAACUCAAACAAACGAGGUGCAGGACACCGGGACAGCUCUGGGUGCUGGCAGGUGCUUUAGAGCCCAAAUUGGUGGGGGCUGGCACCACACGGUGAGAGCUCCUUUCCGCAGCCUCACUUUCCCAAAGGGGCAUGUGAGUCACCUAAAAAUCGGGAUUCCUGCAGAAAAUACAAAGGGAAAGGGAAUUUAUUCAUUUUCCAAAAAAUCCCAGCAACGUUCUGUGCUCUGCUUGGCAUUUUUAAAGAAAUGGGUUUAAUUCUGCUAUUUCCAUCCUCAGUGGAAAAAACUCCACUUAGGAGCAAUGGCAGGUUCCUGGGAUGGACUCUCCAUGGGGACUUUCCCCCCAGGAAUCACUCAGGGUCCCCGUUUUUCACCCCAGAGUCCAAAAUCAGCAUUUCUGUGGGUGCAAGACCCUCAGCAGACCUGGCACCACUGGGUUUGCCCGUCUCCAUCUCCCCGGGAGGAGAAAGGAAACUCCUUCCUCGCCGUGCUUUUAUUCUGCUGCAGUGGUAACGAAUUCUUGCAGCGGUUCAUGCCCUGAAGGAGCCUUAAAACCUCCCAAAUUUGACAGCCAAAAAUAGCUAUUGCUCUGCUUGUUUCCAAGUGUUCACUACCCCUGAUUUAUUUACCCCGAUUAUUUGAAUCCGUCUCGCGCUUUGAAUUCCAAAUCCUAAACAGAAUGGAAAAACCCUGCAUCUGUCAUUUAAAUGCUCUUGCACUCGUUUAACGGAGGGGAGGGGAUUAUAAUUUCUCCUCGCUGAAAAGGUGUCCCUGUGCCGGGGGUCCUGAGGAGGGCUGGAAAAGCUGAAAAACAUCAUGGCAUUAUCGGCUUCUGGGAUUUCCAAGAAUCCAGACUGUGCGGCCGCUCCGGGAGUAUUUUUUCCCAGCCCUCGGUAUCGCUGUUUGAGGUGGGGGAGGCUGCCGGGGCUGCGGGUGAGCAGAGCUCGGGGGGGGCCCGUGGGUUGAAUUACUCAGCGGCGUGGGAGCGUUGAGAAAUGCUGGUGGCAUCCCCGUGCACCCCCUGCGCCCAUGCUCCCCCGUGCCGGAUCCCAUCAGUGCCGAUGGAGAAGCCCCCGCUGCAUCCCCCCCCACCCCCACCCCAUUCCUGCCCUGCCAGGGUUUUGUGCCCAGGGUCCCGCUGCGCCGCUCAAGGAGCACCGAAAACCAAAAUGUCAAUUUUUGGUGCAGAAAGACCCAGGUCGGGCAUCCGCAGGGCAAACCCCGCACUGUGACGCGGCCAGGACAAGGUGCGGGGGGGGGGGCAUCUGUGAGGUUCUGAUCAUGGCAAAUCCUGUGGAUUUUCUUCACACCAGCUUGCACAGCCCAAAUCUCUCUCUCUGAUGGUAUUUCAGGCCACCCGAUGCCGACUUUUGGCUUGCUGUAGCUCUGUUCGGAAAGGUCUGAAAUUUUUGGGCGCUGGGUGAUUUGCACUUGAUGAUCCCCCCUGCUUGGGACCAGCAUCUCUGGCACCAAGCACCCGCUGGGCCGGGCUCGGGUGCAGGCUUGGAUGGGCUCAAAACCUUCCCGCAGCUGGAAAUGAAGGGAUGAAGGGCAGUGAGGGUGGAUGGGGGCUGCAGGGGAGAGGAUGGUGCCCCCCACCUUUCUCAUCUCCCCCAGUCUCCCAAAACAGGCUCAGCUUUUCUCAUGCGCACACACACACUCGCGCUCGCCCCCGCCACGCUGCUGGAGAAGGGGUGAAAUUAAUCCCUAUGGAAAUUUAUUUAAAUGAAUUCUCUGCCUGGACACUCAAGCUGUUCCCAGCCUGGUGAGGGCAGGGCAGCCGGGGGAGGAGGGAUUGCGGACCCCCCGGGUACCCCAAUUCCCCCCUUGCAGCUGCAUCUCACGGGGGUUAUUCCACCCUGGCAGUUGUCCCAGAGGUGCUAAACCGUGUCACAAAACCAAGUUUGGACCCACAAAUUGCCCCAGGGCUCCCCAGGAAUCACUCGUGUCUUGCCCCCGUGUUGGAGCAGGGAGAAGAUGGCAGUGGCUCUCGCUGUGCCUUGGCAAAGGUCGAGGGGGAACAUCUGAAGGAGUUGCUUUUUGCCCUGUAAGCCACGGGCCUUGAUCAACUCAUUAGGGAAAAGAGGAAUUAGCUGGGCAUUUUGAUAAAUAAAAAAUACUGGUUUUCCUGACCAAAACGCAUGUUGGUUUAUUAAUUAAAUUCACACUGUGUGCAGCACCAGGAUUGAGCCCUUCCCGUUCCCAUCGCACUGGGUGGGAUCCUCAUCCCAGCCCCGGCCAUCCCUGCGCCAGGCGCUGCACGGGUGCUCGGCUCGAGUGGUCUCACCCCACAAGAUAGGGUGGGUGGGGGCCAGACGGGGACCCGCUUGGCUACGGGGAGGCAGAUCAAGCACCACAGUAAACCCCAAGCUCCCAGGAAGCAUGGGCAGCCCUCGGGGUGACCCCAAUCCCAUGAGGAAGCAAAGCAGCCGGCCCCGGAAAAGGGGAUCCGGGGCAUCUGCAUCCCCCGGACAAGGCUUCUUUGAGAUGGGGGACAGACGGGGUAUUGUCAGCGCAGGCGAGGGAUGAGGGAGAUCCAGGAAGAAGGUUUGAAGUGGGAUUGUGCUGGGAAGGGUUGGAUUUGCAGGGAGCUUGGCUUUGCAGGGGACCCCUGAAGCAUCAGAGCAUCCUCCCUGCACCCCGGCAGCUUUGCAUCCCGGAGGGAGAGCCCAGCCCGGUGCUGGCAAACCCCGAGCAGAAAAUCAUCGAAGAGGAGCUUUUAUAAGAGCAAUAUUCAUGUUGAAGCAUUGGGCAAUCUCAGCAUGUGCAAGCGUGCUCACGUCUUCCCCAGCCCUGUGUAGGCAUCCAUGUGCACGGGUGGGGGACGCACGGCCCCAUCUCCAUCCCCAAGGGCAUUGAAGGUCUUGGGGUUGGAGGAGUUUGGGGAAAAGAAGGUGCCUACAGUGAUUCCCCACCCCUCCCAAGACCAUGGAGGGAGCUGGACCUGAACCCCAAAGCCGAUGGAGCCCUUGUGGGGGAUCACGGCCGGGUAAGCCAGCGGGAACAGGCACUUCUCGGGGAUUUAUGUCGUGCAGCACUUGUCAGCGCAGCUUUAGCACCCCAUAAAGCAAUGCUGAAGGCUGAACGUGAAGGGAGAACACAAGGAUGCCCUAACUGGCCAAUUAAUGAGCAAAUUCAGGUUCAGGCCCUGCAAAACUGUGUAAGGGAAAGGCUGGGGAGCGGGAUGGAGCCAUGGAGAGGAGGGGAAAGUGCGGGAGGAGACUGGAAUUAGGGGAGGGGUGUGAUGUGACACGGCAGCCCUGGUGCAGGCAGCAGCUAAUGCCAUGUAUGUUCAUCCACAGGCAGCUGCCCGGCAGCGCAACGGGGGUUUUGUUGACUGCACCCCACAUUCGGGGCAUUGGGACCCCCCACAAGCAACGGGAGCAACAAGGACAUGAGUGAAGAGGUGCCACCGCCCGCCCCGGGGACAGCGCGAGGGUCAGCCUGUUCGCCAGAGACCCGGCACGGAGCGCGGCUCUUGGUGACAUGAGAGGACACCAUGGGGUCCAGGUGACCAAGAGAAGUUGGAGUAGUCCAAGGCUGGGUCUGAAGCAUGGGCAGGAUGGGUGCAGAUGCCCUCCCCAUCCCUGGGGUAAAGGCUUGCUCCCUCCUUUCCCAUGUAAGCAGCCACAAGGCUGAAGCCAGACGUGCCCAGGGGGUCUCACCCGGGGGUCCCCCCAACAUUCCAGUACCAGACGGGGUGCACAGACCACGAGAUGACAUCCCAGGAAACUGGAAGGAGACAGAGCUGCUACCACCAAGCCCAAGGCAUCCGGAGGACGAGAUCUGCAGCUCAACGAGGCGAAAGUGAAAAAAAAAAAAAAAAAUCAUGUGCAUUAAAGGUGUGCAAAGCCCCCAGGUGUGUCACAGCCUGGUGUCCCUUGCACUGCUUGUGUUUGAGCAGAA